AUGAUUCAUUUCACACCUACAUCACGCUCUACCCACGUCUCUCCUCUUCUCCUUCUUUCCUUUCUCCUCUUCUCCUCAACUCUUCUUCUCUACUCGAACACACAUUCUCUUUUCACCUCCCCUCAUCCUUCACUUUCACCUCUUUCUAUUCAUUCCAUUCCAUUUUACCUCUCAUUCACACUCCAUUUUCUUUUUCUAUACACUUCUUUCCUUCUACUCAACUACUCAUCACAUCUUUCACCUAUCUCUUUCCACUUCACUCUUUUCAUCAUUCCAUUCACCCCUACUCUACUUCUUCACUCACUCCCUUUUCCUACUUCUUUCUCCUUUUUCUCUCCUACUCUUUUCAUCUUUUCUACCAGACAUUUCAUACUUCUUUCAUCUUUUCACUCAACCAUUCCCUUCACAUUCUCUUUUUCCCAUCCACUCCACAUUCUUUCAUCUUUUCAACUUUACAUCUUCACUUUUCCUCAUUUCUACCACUUCUCAUCACUUCUUCUUUCUACUCCAUCUUUCAUCACCGCGAUCUACUCAACUACUCAUCCUCAUUCCCUUUUCCAUUCCUCUUCUCCUACUCCACUACCCACUUCCUACUCCACUACCCACUUCCUACUCCCUCACUCCCUCACUCCCUCACUCCCUCACUCCCUCACUCCCUCACUCCCUCACUCCCUCACUCCCUCACUUCCUUUCCCUUUCCUUUCCUUUUCUCUACUCUACUCCACUACUAACUCAUCCAUUUCUCUCUACUUUCAUUCUCUUUUACAGCUCCAAAACUCUAACAUCCAACUCAUCUUUUCACAUACUCCGCUUUUCUACUCCAUCACUUCUUUCAACUUUCUCUUUCCCAUACCCGACAUUUACUUUUUUCUAAACUUCACCCUUUCCCUUCUCCCUUUCUUUUCAACUCUACUUCACUACCCCUACACUUCCGAACUUCCCAACUUCCUCAUUUCUCUUCACUCUCACUCUCAUCCCAUCUUCCUUACACUUUCUCUUUUACUUCCCCGUCUUUUCACUUCAACUCACCAACUCUCAACAACUCAUCUUCACAUUCCCUUUCUUUCGCUUACUAUACUUCAUCAUUUACUCUCACAUUCUUUUCCCCUUCUACAUCCACUUUACAUCACACCUACUCACUUCUUUACUCCUUCACUUUCCCUUUUCUGA